AAACAAACGUCCACGGGUUUGAUGUCGGGCUCCGUUACACAUAACUGACAUGUCAGGUGGAUUUAACAGAUAACUCUGUGACAUUUGAAACAAAAUGUGGCUCAAACCGGACGAGAUUCUGCUGAAAAACGCGUUUAAAUUAUGGGUCACCGAGGAGGAUAACGAGUACUUCGUACUGCAAAGGAGACGAGGGUACGGAGAAGGUGGAGGCGGUUUGACAGGGCUCCUUGUGGGGACUCUGGACACGGUGCUGGACUCCACAUCCAAAGUUGCUCCGUACCGGAUCUUACACCACACCCCAGACUCCCAGGUGUACUGGUCCAUAGCAUGUGGUGUCACCAAAGAGGAGAUUUCUCAGCACUGGGAUUGGCUGCAGCAGAAUAUCAUGAGGACACUCUCUGUUUUUGACUCCAGUGAAGACAUCACCAGCUUCGUACAGGGCAAAAUUAGAGGUCUUAUUGCUGAGGAAGGGAAGGCGUCCCUGGUGCUGGAGGAAGACCCCGAGAAGUUCAGAGAAGCACUUUUGAGGUUCGAAAAGUGGUUUGAGCUGCCACCAAAGGAAAAGCUGGUCACAUAUUACUCAUGCAGCUACUGGAGAGGCAAAGUGCCGUGUCAGGGCUGGCUCUACCUCAGCACUAACUUCCUGUGCUUCUAUUCCUACCUGCUGGGAGCUGAGGUGAAACUGAUCAUCUCGUGGGAUGAGAUGUGGAGGCUGGAGAAAACCUCCAACGUGAUCUUGACUGAGAGCAUCCAUGUGUUGGCUAACGGGGAGGAUCACUACUUCUCCAUGCUGCUGCACCUCAAUGAAACCUUCGUCAUCAUGGAGCAGCUGGCUGACUACUCCAUCAAACGCCUUUUCGAUAAAGAGGCCUUCCAAAGAGAGCCGGCGCUUUCGGACCCCCUGCAAAUCACCAAGAGAGGCCUCGAAGCUCAUGCAAAGAGCGAGCAGUUCCGGACGUUUUUUAGACUUCCCAGAGAGGAAAACCUGUUAGAGGUGCAUGAGACCUUCCUGUGGGUGCCCUUCAGCCACUUUAAUACACUUGGCAAGAUCUGCCUGUCUGAGAACUACCUGUGUUUCGCCAGCCAAGAUGGAAGUCAAUGCCAUAUCAUCAUUCCGAUGCGAGAGGUUGUUAAUGUGGAGAAGCCAGACUGCAGCAGCAGGGCUCUGACCGUCUCCGUGAGGGGGAAGAGGGCGCUGCGUUUCUCUGAGGUUCGGGACUACCAGCGGCUUGCAAACACCAUCCGGAGCAGAUGUGGGAUCAGUGCCAGCCCUCAGCACUCUGCAUCAGCAGAGGUGAUACGAGGAGAGUGCCAGUCGCUCAUCAACCACUUCGAGGACAACCCGGAGGACGUCACGCUGAUGGUGGGACAAAAGGACAGCAGCAAGGCUGUGAGCACAGAGGCUCUCAUGACUGUCUUCCACCCCCAGGAUGUUGAAAACCUCGACCCUAAAAUGCUGAAAGAAAAGAUGAAGGAACAGUCUUGGAACAUUCAUUUCUCUGAAUAUGGACGAGGCACGAGCAUGUUUUUUACCAGGAAGACACGAGACCUGAUUGUUCGUGGCGUUCCCGAGGCCUUGAGAGGAGAGCUGUGGAUGCUGUUUUCAGGAGCUGUGAACGACAUGGCCACUCACCCCGGAUAUUACACUGAUCUGGUUGAACAGUCUCUGGGCACAAGCACUUUGGCAACAGAUGAAAUCGAGAGAGACUUGCACCGCUCGCUGCCAGAGCACCCGGCCUUCCAGAGCGACACAGGGAUCUCAGCUCUACGCAGAGUCCUCACUGCCUAUGCAUACAGGAACCCUAAGAUUGGCUACUGCCAGGCUAUGAACAUUCUCACUUCAGUUCUCCUUCUCUAUGCGAAAGAAGAGGAAGCUUUCUGGCUUUUAGUGGCCGUCUGUGAGAGGAUGCUGCCAGAUUACUUUAACCGCCGAAUUAUUGGCGCUUUGGUUGACCAGGCGGUGUUCGAGGAUCUGAUCCGAGAGAACCUCCCCCAGCUGGUGGAGCACAUGACGGAUCUGAGCUUCUUCUCGUCCGUGUCCUUGUCGUGGUUCCUCACUCUGUUCAUCAGCGUCCUGCCCAUCGAGAGCGCCGUAAACGUGGUGGACUGUUUCUUCUAUGACGGCAUUAAAGCCAUUCUGCAGCUGGGCCUGGCGGUGCUGGACUACAACAUGGAGGCUCUGAUCAGCUGCCAUGACGACGCCGAGGCCGUCACCAUCCUCAACAAGUUCUUCGACAGCGUGACAAACAAAGACAGCCCGUUGCCUCCAACAGUGCAGCAAGCUUCAGUGGGCAAUAAUGAUAAAUCGUCACACUUCAAUGUGGAUAUCAGCGAGCUGAUCAGAGAGGCCUACGAGAAAUAUGGAAACAUCCGUUCAGAGGAAGUGGAGAGUUCACGGAAAAGAAAUAAACUGUAUGUGAUCCAGACGCUGGAGGAUACGACCAAACAAAAUGUGAUUCGGGUGGUGACCCAAGAAGUCCGAUUCAGCGCCUCACAUCUUGACGGGCUUUAUAACUUGUUCAAAAGGCAGCAUUUCCUCUGCUGCUACUGGACGAUGAACAGCCCAGCUCUGCUCCACCAUGACCCCAGUCUGGCCUAUCUGGAGCAGUACCAGUUGGGUUUUCAGCAGUUCAGCGUGCUCUUCUCCCUGCUGGAGCCUUGGGCCUUCUGCAACCCCAAGAGCACCCUCUCCCUCUGGGUCUUCCGCCUGAUAGACGAGAACCAGGACGGCCUCGUCAACUUUAAAGAGUUCUGCUGCUCCCUUGAUACUUUGUACAGUGGAUCGUUCACAAAUAAGCUGAAAUUCCUCUUCAAGCUGCACCUGCCUCCAGCUUUUACAGGUAGUCCUUUGCACGUAAAGGAACAAAGAAUCCAGCACUUUAUUCCAGUGACUGAAGACUCUUCUCACUUGAGUAGACUCUCUGCAUUUGAUCUGCCAGAAGACGGCGUGAUAAGGAAAAGCCCAGAAAGAGGUAGAGGAAAAGUGGACCUGCAGGCCUACCUGAAACAAUGGCAAAACGAAAUACUUAAGAAAGAGGAAACCAUCAAGGAUCUACCCAGAAUUAACCAGUCUCAGUUCAUUCAGUUCUCCAAGACCCUGUACAACAUCUUCCACGGCGACCCGGAGGAGGAGUCUCUGUACCGGGCGGUGGCCCACGUGACCAGCCUCCUCCUGAGGAUGGAGGAAGUAGGACGGAAGCUGCAGGAGCCGAGCAGCCCGCCCCCGCCCACAAAACCUGCAGACUCUGGUGCUGCUGCAGACUCUACGGCGGCCGAAGAAGCUUCCACCAGCCCGGAGAGCUCCGACACCUCCAGCUCCAACGCCAGUCAGGACGCAGCGCCCGACCUCACAGAGAUGGAGUGGUCGUUUUCCUUCGAGCAGGUCCUGGCUUCUCUGCUCAACGAGCCGACCAUCGUCAGCUUCUUCGACAGGCCCGUCGACGUCCAGACUAAACUGAAUCAAGCUCGGCAUGCUCAGCUGAAGCUAAAGGCUAAUAAGUGAAAGGAUGCAUGAGCGAAAUGUUCCUUCAAACCCAGAAGUCAUGAAUUUCCUUUCUCCACUUGGAUAGGGCAGCAGGUUUUGGCGAGGCAAUCAGUGAGAUUACUGGUUAAGUGGGUAUCUUAAAGGAAAAAGGAGACAUCAGAUUUUAAAAUCUGGGGUGAAUAAUGCUUGUGUAGAUGAUGACUUGAAAGAAAUAGGGCACAAAGUCUUUAAAACACUGUCGUUCCAGUUCACUGACCAACACCUUCAGUGCAUUUUCAUUCCUAAAAAUCUGAUUAUGCAUUUUCAAGUUCAUGCUCUCAUGUAGCCUAAGAUGAUGAAGGUUCAGUUAAACAUUAUUUUUCUCCUAUAUGCCGUGGAGCACAUCUAGUUUUAUAUCGUGUAAGGGUCAUUAAACAGGACAGAAGAAUUUGUCUUUCUCUCUGUCUCUCUCUGAUGUCAUGCUGAGCUUCAACUCCAUGAUACAUUUCUUCGACAAGGUGACUGAGAGUCCUAAGAAAGGCUAUAUCUAGAUAUGUUUUCUCUUUCAGAUUACUAGUAAACAAGCUGUAAACGUGUCCUUCAGUGUCUCCUGUUCUUAGGCAGCAUUAGUGUUACUCUGUAAAUGUCAACUUAUUGUGAGAAACACCAGCUUUCCAGUAAAGAGGCACAGAAUAAACAGUAGUGUAGCGAGUGAGGACAAGCUGUAGAGUCGUCCCUGAAAGCCAUAAAUUGAUUCUAAUGAUGAACGUGGACGUCAGAUUGAGAGCAUGGCAGAAUCUUUCAUGGUGUUAUAUAUUUGCAAUAAUACUCAAGAGAGGAUGCUGUACUGCCACUAUCAAAUGUUGCAUUCCUCCAACAGCAGCAGUAACAAAAGCAUAGCAUGACUUCAGCGUAUGUCAUACUGGAAAGUGUGAAAUGUUUCAGUGCUGCUGCAGGGAAAUCUUCUGCAUCUGCUUCUGAAAAAUGAAAUGUGUGACUGGUCGGUGUACUGUAUGCUUACGUCCGUCUUAUUGUACACGUAGGAUGUUAUGCUCUAGUGUAAGCGCCGCAUUUUGUACAUACAGAUCACUUCAAUAGUCGUUUGAUUAUUGUAUUUAUGAGGCUUGUACUGACGAAGUAAGAUAUGAGCUGGUGGACUGUUGUGGAAACAACUGAAACCUUUUGUUUUAUCAAAUCUCAGGGUGCAAUUUGUGUAAAAUAAAAAGGGAGAAAAGGGAUAUUUUUUUCGACCUGGGAUAUAUAUAUAUAUAUAUAUAUAAAGUAUACGACUGAGUUAUAGCUUACAAAUGUCUGUAACAUUAAAAUAUAGAGCAUGUGUAGCAUAGUUACAGGAUUCGCCACAUUAAGCAACUAUUACUGCUUGCUACAGAAAGCCAGAAUUGACUUACAGUAUUUCAGUUCUCUUUUUAUCUGUGCAGCUUCUGCUUUUUCUCUUUUUUUUUAUUUUCUGCUUCUUUCUCAGUGAAUCAUUUGCACAUUUGUUUUAAGAUUCACACGUUGUAGAAAUGCCUGUGUCUCGGCCAGAUGUGGACUCUGCAGGGUCACAGGUCAGGCUUCAGCUGCAGCUUCUUAUCUCUAGGGGCCAAAUUGACUAAUUAUUAGAGCUUUUUUCUCUAUGUGUCUUGGGAAAAAAAUGAUUUGGAAGCUCUUUAAGUGCAAGUGCAAUUCUUUGUGUCAUAUGUUUUUGUUGCUUUUGCUAUUAGCUUGAAACGCUUUGUUGUUUAAAGAUCUUAGGACCGAUCUGAAAUGUAUUUCAUUGUGUAAUUAUUGGGUUAAUUGAUAUCGAUUGUUGAUACAAGUUGUAAAAAAAAAAAAAGAAAAGCAAUUUUAUAAAAUCCAUUACUCAUUCAAAAAGACAAAUAUGUCAUUGUUUACAUGAAUAAUGUAAAAAAAAACAACAACAAUGGAAUAUCACAUACCUGAGGCUGUAAUAAGACACAUCAGUAAUUGAGUACUGAGCUCAGCAACCUAUAAAAAUUACAACUAAAAUAUUUACUCUGACCAUGGUCUGACUAUUUCAGUAUGACUGUUCCCCUGCAGUUUUGUGCUGCAUUUGUAACCUUUCCAAAGUUCAAGAAAGUACUCUAAAAUGCAAAUUACAACCUCCUAUCAAAGACUCUGUUUAGUUUUUCCGCAAGGAUUUGUUUCUUUUUUUUGGAUAAUUUCUCAAGAAUCAAUUUGUUGUUCUCUAUGGAAGAAAUGUGGAACAGUAGCCGAGACGAAACAAAACCUGAUGUUAAAUCAUUUCCUACUUCUUUAGCAAUUGCUUUUGGAAAAAUGGCACUUGAGAUGAUUUUAUUUUCUAGCCAAAAAUAGUUUGUGGUUUCCUCUUAAAAUAAAUGAGGGGAGAUGACUUUGUGCAACAGAGGAAGGAAAAUCAGAGGGUUGGAAGUUGUCGUCCCCCUGGCAUGCUGUCAGGUUUGCUAUUAAGCAUCAGAAUGUAUACAGUCGGCUCCUGCAUUAGUGUUUGAUUAAUCAAGUUCUAAAAUGUGCAAUUGUAGUCUACAGCUUUUGUAGUCUGUCGCUUUGGAUUAAAAGCUUGUUUGCAAAUUAUGUAAAGCACAGAUAUUUCUGUUUACCUGCUUGAUUAUGAUUUUUUUUUUUUUAAAUCUUCAUUAACAAGAACCAGAAUAAAGAGUGAUGAUUCUAUGAAUAAUAA